AUGGCUCCGCUUGACAUCGCAAGCGCACCACGCGUGGGCGUGAGCAACCUUGUUCGAGGAAGGCCAAACGGCCCACCGUCUUUGAGGGCUUCCAGAAUCGUCGAUCAAUCAUCGCCCCAAUCAUCCGAGACAUCGAGCCUUGGUCGAGGCGAGUUCUUGCAGUUCCUCGGUGUCUCUACCGUGGCGGCCAUCUUCACCGUGGGAUCUUUGCGCUCUCGCGUCCGAGCGCAGGUGCCGGGAGAGCCGAACCUUCUCCUGAAUACUUUCUCCUGUGGCACCACUCCACUCCGAAAUCCCAAAUACCUCGGUGGAGGUGUGCAGGCAGAAGUCUUCUCCGCCGAUACCUCAAACGGCCAGGCGGUGGUAAAACUCAGCCGAGCCAACACCGACUACGCGAUGCGUAGCCUGGAGCACGAGCGGAGAGUCCUGCAGAUCUUGAAUGAUGCCAAGGUUCCAAACAUCGCGCGCUGCGUCGGGUUUGGCGAGGUCACGACGACGGCCGGCCCUCGUCAAGGCAUGGUCUUGACGCCUUGCCUCCCAGGCCGUAACAUCUCGGUGAAGAACGGCUGCGGCAACCCACGGCCGCUGGAGUCGCAGGAGGAAGAUCGCAUGGAAAGGUUCAUGGCAACUGCCGUGCGUGUCCUGGAAGCCGGCGUGGCCGGGGUUGAUGUCCAGGUGCUUCAGUCACCAUCCAGCAAUGACAUGCUUUGGAUUGAUUUCACAGAGGCUGCGUUGUUGAAGAAGCAAGGUCCAAGCAUUUCAGUGGAGGGCCCGUCUAUGAUUUGCCCAGAGUAUCAGAGGCGGUACAAGAGUCCGAAGGAUGCUGUGGUGGGAUUUGCUACAGAAGUCUUCCUCAUGGUUCCAGGAAGCUCGCACGAAUCCGCCGCGAAGGCUUUGGCUGAAGAGUUGCAGGAGCUCGGUGAAAGCCGACAGCGAGGUGUGGGGAAGACGUUCCAAGAUGUUUGGGCAAAGCUUCCAUGGAAGGUCGGUGGGCUGGAAGCUAAGCGCUUGGAGACUGCCGCGAACAGUGCAGCGGGAGUGGUAGCUGCGUGA